UUUCUUGGUCAGCCAUUCAGUCAUUGUCACAAUACCUUUGGGCAUACGUGUCUUAUACCAGCUCAUACGUUUACCCAGUUUAUUGGAUACGGGUAUGUGUCACUCGCCCUGGCUACGGACUUUAUUCUCAGUUGCCAGCGGGACUGUUAAUGUCGAGGCUGGUGCAUUGAAAAGGUGUUGUACUACCAGAACAACGAUCACAAGAACAUAUUCCCUCCUCUUUCGAGGAAUUCGGUUGUACACUCUCAAGCAUGAGAGCGACCCAUACCGUGACCGUAGCAAAACUUACUUUCUACAUUCCAAGAAUCUCGUUUUAAAAUGAUGAUAUCCAUAGAUGUAGUUGUAAACAAUAAUAU